CCGACGUCACGCCACAAACUUUCACUUUCCUUUCAACGCCCCGCGGUAGCGCGCCUUCUCAGAUGCCUCACGACUUUGUCUCAUUCAACGCGACACGUUUGCUACAAGCGCCAUAGCGAUGGCCUCCAUCGAUCGUUACCGCCCAGCGCGCGAAGGCUACAAACCUCCAACGGCGAACAGGCGGGAUUACGGGGCCUCGAAAUCGCCAACUCAGAGACGCGAUGUGCCCCCAGCCGUCCCGACUCCGCCUCAGAACAGCUCUCGGAACUCGCCACCACGAGCAUAUGCUCGCGCUGGGCAUCAAUCGCCAAAUCGGUCAGGGGCGCAAACGCCGCUCGCGAAUUACAACCAGUGGGCCUUUUCGCAAGAUGAAAUCAACAGCUCCCCAACGAUACUUGAUGGCAUCGCCCCAUCAGAAGAGAGACUGCGCCGGGCAAAAGGCAUCAACUUCAUUUAUCAGGCGGGUGUGGCGCUAGAUCUGCCACAGAUCACGUUGUGGGUGGCCGGCGUUUUCUUCCAUAGGUUCUUCAUGCGCGUCAGCAUGGCGCCAGAGAAACAAGGCAUACACCAUUAUAACAUAGCGGCAACUGCUCUCUUUCUCGCAAACAAGACCGAAGAAAAUUGCCGGAAAACCAAAGAUAUAAUCAUUACGGUAGCCAAGGUGGCUCAGAAGAACAACAACUUAAUCAUCGAUGAGCAGAGCAAGGAGUAUUGGCGCUGGCGAGACAGCAUCUUGACCUACGAGGAGGUCAUGCUAGAGCAGCUGACCUUUGAUCUCAUGAUCGAUAAUCCAUACCGCAACCUCUUCGACCUACUGGGCCAGCUUGAAAUUGUACACAACAAGCAAUUACGACAAGCUGCAUGGGCGUUCUGCAACGACGCAUGCUUGACGACUCUACCUUUAUUGAUGGAUGCCCGGGACGUCGCCAUCAGCGCAAUAUUCUUUGCAAGCAUACACACGAAUCAGCAGAUCGACGACUUCAAGGGUGAGGCAUGGUGGAGGUAUCUGAGAGGCUCAGAGGACCGCAUCAUCAGGGCAAUCGAGACCAUGCGCCAGUUCUACACGGACAACCCGCUUAGGAAGCAGAAUCCGUCGUUGCCAUCACCGGCGUUUGAUCUGGAAAGCUCUAGGAGGAAAGGAGAGGCGUACGCAGAUAACAUGUCGUCGACAGCCGCGACGCCAAUGGAGAUUGAUAGAACGAGCAAGAGUCCCCUACCCAGGGCCAACGGCGCUUCGCAUGAGAGAGACUCGGAGCAACACGCUUCGCAGUCAAGCAACCGCAUACCUUUGUCACCGUCCAAACGGAAGAUGCCGGAGGAUGGGUCAAGGCUUCAGGACGAAAGAGAUGAGAAAAGAGCGCGAAUGUCGGAAGAUGAGGAAGGCGAGCUCGUGGAGGACUAGGGGAUCACGCACACAUGCAAGAGACGCCCACCACAUUAUACCACACCCGCAGGGUUCAGGGAUUCUUCGGGCGUUUGGGGUGAAUUUUAUUUGUGCUUUAGGAACAGCGAGGGGCAAGAGCAUGAUUCCCGAUGACUUUCGCGUGAAAGAUCCAGCGUCUAAUGGGUGUUUUAAGAUAGCUGUUCUGGUCAUGACCAAGAGAGAAAAUAUGAUUAAUCGAGCAAUCAGAGUCUCA